UUUGCGAACCCUGAGCACGACGAGAACAUGGCUUUCAAGUCGACAGAUCCGAUGGACGGCCUGACAGACCCGUUGAUGUUCUCCAAAUCGAAUCUAGACCACGCCGACCUUUUUUCCUCCUUCGAUAUGACCGCCGCGCCGAAGACCCCGUUCGAGGCCCUGCAACAGAACGAGAUGCUCACCGCCGCCUAUCUGUCCCAAAACGCCGAUCUCUCCGCCUUGGGGUAUUCCGGGGGCCAUCUGCCUCAUGAUAUUGCUGGCUCUGCCGCCGGGUCAGAGCCCCGAAUCCAGGCCUUUGCGAAGUUGGAAUUCGACGACGGCCACUUCUACUGCAACACAUACUCCUUCGUUCUUGGACGUGAUGUGCGGGCCGCUCGGGCUGCCCAUCAGCGCGAGAUACAGGCCCGCCAGGUGAUAAGGACGUCCCGGGCGAAGAGUUCGAGCGGUGGCAAUGCGUCGCAUACCCCCGUCCGUGUGAAGCAUGAGGGCAGUGGAAUACUAGGGAGUGUCGUCAGCGACCGUGGUGGCAUUAUGGGAUUCGACCCCGAUCUUCCGUCGCAUCUCCCGCAUCAUCUCAGUCGUCGCUCGUCGGUCUCAUCCCAUCCCGAAUCGAGCGCUCCGCUGCAUGCGACGCCGGCCCAAUUGCAAUCCACUACCGAUUACAAUGCGCUUGCGAUGCAAUCCUUGAAUGACGAAAAUGGGGACGCAAAGCCCGUCGACGCCUUGGCGCUCCUUCCCUCCCCGGACUCGUGUCCGACCAUCCCGAUCCAUCCCCCAGCGACGGUUGACGGCAGUGCCGCCGGGCAUCGAGGAAUUUCCCGCAAGCAUGUCAAGAUUGCCUACAAUUUUGAUAAGAAUCUGUUCGAGAUGGAGGUGAUGGGGAGGAACGGCGCGUUUAUCGGAGCGGAUUGGCUAUCACCGGGGCAAGUAAGACCCUUACACAGUGGUGAUUAUAUCCAGAUCGGAGGUGUCCGCAUCCGCUUUCUGCUUCCAGACGUGCCAAUCGGCGAAACGGGCGCGGACAGAGUGGAAGAGCCGUUCACGGCAGAAGACGAGAAUGCACAGGCUUCGGUUUCUGUGGAGAAUGACGCGGAGGGCUCGAAACGCGGACCUGAUGGUCCGGAGAACAAGGAGACCCCGAAGACCACGAAGAUCAUUCUCAAGACCAGAGACCCCGAUCUGACGCGGCCGGUACCAUCCGUUGAAGGAGCGGGAGAUGCUAGCCAGCAACCUGCCCGGCGUCGCGGCCCUGGACGGCCCCCGAAGGACGGCAUCAUGUCCAAACGCGAGCGAGCCGAGUUGGCCCGGGAACAGAAAUUGGCUGCGAAGCGGGAGGCAAACGGGGGCGUCACUCCUCCGCCUAUGCUCAACCGGCCAAAGGUGGCCGGAAAAGCCCCAGCCCCUACUGCUGCUAUCGCCACGACGCCCAAGGAAUCGGUUGGUGCCGAGUCCCCUGGGUCCAAGCCUGAGAAGCGCAAGUACACCAAGAGGAAGAAGCCCGAUGGCACGCCGAUGGACUUCCCCCUGCCCUCGUUGGAAGGUGGCCAGUUUCCCUUGGAACACCGUCCGGAGGAGUUCAUCAAGGCGCCUCCGGUCAAGAAGCGCAAGCCCUCACGUUCCCCCUCGCCAAACUACCCCCCCGAGUCUGCAUACACGCCGGAAGAUCUGGCCAAGCCGCCAUACAAUUAUGCCGUCCUCAUUUUCGAUGCCCUCACCGAUGCCGGCACGCCGAUGACAUUGAAGCAGAUCUAUCGCGCCCUGAAGUUGAAGUACCCAUACUUUCGGUUCAAGUGCGAAACGGAAGGCUGGACGUCCAGUGUCCGACACAAUCUCAACGGCAAUAGCCACCUCUUCAUGCACGCGGAGCGCGAUGGCAAGGGAUGGUCAUGGCAGCUGCGCCCUGGAGCAUCUGUCGAGAAGGAGAAAAAGCGACGCCCGUCGCCGCCUCCGCCAGCAGCGCAGCCCCCAUCAGCCCCGGCACCUGCUCCUCAAUACAUGCCUCAACUGAACCCGUCGUACGGCAAUCAGAACGGGCAGCCCGGGAUGGCCAACCCGCACUUCCAAUUCCCAGCGAUGCCUCCCAACCCUUACCACGCGGCUCCUUCCCCAGCCCCUGCCCCUACUCCUUCCCCUGCUCCUCAACACCAUCACCAUUCGAGUCCCUAUCCUCCUCCCGCGCAAGCCGCCGCCUCUACUCCUUUCCCGAUACCCAGUCCGCUCCGCAACAACCUCCCGCCCGCUUUUGCCCAGACCACGCCCUCCACCUACACCUCCCCUUACGCCUCGGAUCCGCCUCCGCAGCUGGUCCAGCUCCAGCAGACGCAGCCACCGUCGUCGAUGCCGCCGCCGCCACCGCAGCACCAGUCCCCCUAUCCUCCGCCCAACCCGCCGGCCAUGCCGCCGAUGAACGCCCCGCAUCACGGCCACCCUCCCCCGCCGCCCCCGGGGCCUCCUAUGCAGCAGCACCAGCCCAAUAUGGGCGUUGGCCACGACCCUGGGCCCGGACCCAUGGGCCAUUCGGAGGUGUCGUCGUUCAAUGAGCGAGCGAACAAGGCGAUUGACGACUUCGAAGCGGUCCUGAUGGAAGAUUACGAGGACAAGAACUAUAUCCGGGAGGUUCUCAAGAGUGCACGGGCCCGGGUGCUCGGCAACGCCACGGGCAGUUCGUUCCCCGGCGGCGAGCCGAAGGACGAGGCGGUCAUCGUGGAUGCGCUGCGCAACCUGAUCGGCAGCUUGAAGGACCAUUAGUUGCAAAAGAGACCGCUGGGACGGACGAGGUCAAGC